AUGCCAUCUAGAACUUCACGUUACACGUUUCCCCUGCUAGUUUUACUGCAGUUUUUAAUAGCUUUUGCCCAGGGCCAGGGGCCUGGAUCAACAUGUAGUAAUGUAGCCAGCGAACAAUUCUCGAUUAGGGAGGGUCGUCCCCCUGGAAGCACGGUGGGAACUAUUAUCACACAACCAUCAUAUACAUACUCAUUUAAGGAACCCCAGUCACUAUUUGAGUUACACCCCACAUCUGGGGUCAUCACCACCACAGCAGAAUUGGAUCGUGAAGCGUUGACAACAAAUCCCAUACAAAUUUUGGUGAUUCGUUCCUUGUCGGGUACCACUCAACAAUGCCCUACCGAAGUUUUCAUAACAGUUGAAGAUAUCAACGACAACUCACCUGCAUUUCCUUCGUCAAGUAUUCAAAUUACAUUCAAUGAAAAUGUCAACAUCGGGUAUCAGGUCCCGUUGACAAGUGCAACCGACAUCGAUCAAGGCAGCUUUGGAACAAUCACCAAUUAUACCAUCAUCAACAUGACGGAAUCUGCCAACGAAAAAUUCAUGUUGAUUUAUGACAUUAACCAGUUUGGAGAUGUUCCUCUCGUUCGUGCCAUUGGUGGAUUAGAUAGAGAGGAUAAGAAUUUUUAUCAACUUUGGAUUUCUUGCCAAGAUCAAGGUGUUCCCCCACUUUAUGGAUAUUUACAAGUGAACAUUAGUAUUGCAGACUACAACGACAAUGCACCUCAAUUCUCACCAAGUCAGUACGUUGCCAGUAUUAAUGAAAGUGUGCCAAUUGGAACCUCCGUGAUUAAAGUGGAAGCCACUGAUAAAGACAUCGGUAUCAAUGGAGAUAUUUCGUACCGAUUAACUGAUGACACACAGCAGUUUACCAUCAAUCCUAAAACUGGAGAAAUUUCAACAACAUCCUCACCAUUGAAAUGUAUGCGUCGAUGUGACCGUUCAACAAUUGACACAUGUGAGCCAUCUAGUUGUAUGCUGACCAUUGAGGUGGAAGAUGCAGGUCGUCCUCCACUUUCUGGACGUGCUUACGUAACCGUCAAUGUGAAAGAUGAAAACAAUAAUGUACCGGAAAUGAAAGUGACAUAUUUACCAAGUGGAAGUCUCGGAUAUUCAACGAUAGACGAAAACGCAUCUAAUGGUACCAAUGUAGCUAUUAUAAGUGUAAGCGAUAGUGACACAGGAAGUUACGGUACUAUUUCAGAUGUACGUAUUGUAUCGGGAAAUGAUUAUAAUCAUUUCUUCUUACAAAAUCGUCUCAAUAACAAGCUGGAGUUUUUAAAAGUGAAUGGAAACGGUGUACUAGAUCGGGAGAGGAUUGAAAAAUACAACAUAACUAUCAUGGCAGCUGAUGGAGGAACGCCACCAAAAACAUCUCUUAAAAGUAUUCUGGUUUAUAUCAAAGAUGUGAAUGAUCAUCAUCCUAUGUUUACAAAAACACAGUAUAGAAUAUCACUAAGUGAAACUGUGCCAGUUUCCAGCUAUGUAACAAGUCUGACGGCUGUAGACCUUGACACUGGUGACAAUGCAAAGCUAUCUUAUGCCAUAAUUUCUGGAAAUGAGUUCAACUGGUUCAAAAUAGAUGCAAGUUCUGGACUUGUCACCACGCAGGCCUCCCUGAGGUACGAGGUUCAAACCCAAGUUGUAAUGAACGUUUCAGUACAUGAUGGAAGUUUGAAUCCUUUGUAUAACUUUACAACAUUGAUUGUCACAAUUUCUGACGAAAAUGACAUAACGCCUACAUUUGAUCAUCAUAUUUAUAAUGCAUCAAUAGCUGAAGGAUUACCAACUGGAUCAAAAGUGGUUAAUGUUACUGCCAGAGAUGACGACUCUGCACCAAAUGGAACUGUGACAUAUUCGUUACACCAGGAUGUAGAUGAGAGAUACCCAGGAACAUUUCAGCUUGACUCCACUUCUGGCGUUGUUACAACCCUAAAGGUGCUGGACAGGGAGGUCAUUGCCUAUUAUAUCAUCAGAAUCAUCGCCCGGGAUGGAGGUACACCAGCGCGAUCAUCCACAGCCACCGUCAAUGUAAAUGUGGAUGAUAUUAAUGACAGUAUUCCAAGAUUUUAUCCUAUCACAUACUUUGCUGAAGUCCUAGAAAACAAACCUGUAGGAACCAGUGUCGUGAAGGUCUUUGCAGUAGAUCCGGACUUUGGCUUAAAUGGGACAGUCUAUUAUUCCUUCAAUGGGAAUUAUCCUCAAUUUAGCAUAGACCAGAACACUGGUCAAAUUACAACGGCAGCCAUAUUGGAUCGUGACACCCGUUCAACAUACACACUGAGUGUCAAGGCAACAGAUGCUAGAGGAAGGACAAAUGUACAAACUGCUUCAGUGGAAGUCGUCAUUACAGACCAGAGUACUACUCCACCUACCUUUAGAAAUACAGUAUAUGAUUUCAGCAUAGUAGAAGACCCAUCUAAUAUGCCUGUAGUCUCUGGCCGCACAGUUGGAACUGUCAAGGCAGACGCAACAAAUGUUGGUGUGUCUAUUUCCUACAAAAUAGUAGAUGGGGAUCCCAACAGUGUCUUCACAAUGGAUAGUGGGACAGGGAAAAUUACCAACAACAAACGUGUCGACAGGGAGGAAAGUGCUCAGUAUACCUUACAGGUCAUUGCUACAGCAGGUGGUUUGUUUGGGGAAGCCACAGUUAGAAUAUCUGUCUCUGAUAUCAACGACAACACACCCAAGUUCACAAGUUCUGUUGCUGAAGCUGAGGUAGUGGAGAAUUGGCCUGUGGGACAUGAUGUGUACUUGGCUAAGGCCACAGAUGCUGAUGAUGGUCAGAAUGCUGAAAUUUCCUACAGACUACAAUCAACACCUGAUGUAUUCAAUAUCAACCCAGCAACAGGAAUGAUCUUCUUGGCAAAACCAAUAGACAAGUCGAACGUGAAAAAUUUUGUGUUGAAUGUUAUCGCCUCAGACAGUGGAUCAUCACAGCUAUCAUCAACAGUACGUGUGGAAAUUGAAGUCAUCGAUGUCAAUGAUCACACUCCAGUGUUUUCCCAUAGCAACUAUGAAGUCUCCUUGAACGAGUCACUGGAUGUGAACUCCCAGUUCUUUACUCUGACAGCAACAGAUGAUGAUAGUGGUUUAAAUGGUCAGGUCACCUACAACAUAACAUCUGGCAAUGGGGAUGGAAAGUUUGGCAUCUUUCCAGAUGGAAAACUCUUCUUGGCAAGAACAUUAGACAGAGAGACAAAAGACCAUUACAAACUGACCGUCACUGCAAAGGAUAUGAGCAUGGAACAGCGAAGUUCCUCAGCAAAUGUUUCAAUCUAUAUUCUGGACGAUAAUGACAAAAGGCCGCUGUUUGACAAUGCUUCCUACUUAUUUGAUAUCUUGGAAAAUCAACCAGCUGGAUCAGUGGUAGGGAUGGUUAAAGCUACAGACCAAGACAUUGGGCGCAAUGCAGAACUUUCGUAUUAUCUGGACCAAACACAAGACAACUUCACCAUCGAUGCCCAAACGGGCGAGAUAUCAAGUUUACGGCCCUUUGACAGAGAAUAUCUAAAUGAAACCAUGGGGAAAACUUCCUAUAUGUUUUCUGUGUAUGUAACAGACAAUGGUCUACAGAGGUUGACGGAUUCUGUCAUGGUGGUUGUUAAUGUCCUAGAUGUCAAUGAUAAUCCUCCAAAAUUCAAGGAAAAUGUCUACCGAGCGUCUUUAUUAGAGGACGCUGCAGAGAACACGCUUGUCCUGAAAAUUGGAGCAUCUGAUAAUGAUACGAAUGAAAAUGCUGCUUUGUCAUACCUUAUUGUAGAUGGCAAUGUGGACAACAGGUUUAAGAUCAGUGCUGGGAAUGGGCAGAUCUAUUUAAGUGGUGGACUGGACCGGGAAAAUCAGGAGAGUUACACUCUUACGAUAAUCGCUAGUGAUUCUGGAAAAGACCAUCAAUACACUGCUACAACAACUGUGUCCAUUACUGUUCUUGACGUGAAUGACAAUGCACCUCUCUUCGACCAAACAGCUUUUGACAUUGGUAUCUUGGAAACAACACAGUUAGGUGAGGAAAUAGCCCAUUUUACAGCCACCGACACAGAUUUAGGACAGAAUGCACAAAUUGUGUACAAGGUUAGUGAGAAUGGGGGAACUUUCAACAUCGAUCGUAACACUGGAAAGUUGUACUUGGAGAAAGCUCUGGAUUAUGAGAAAAAAUCGCAAUAUAAUUUGAAUAUAUCGGCUGAGGAUAAAGGAAAGACGUCUCUAUCCCAAUAUGCACGUUUGACUGUGCGAGUUCUGGAUGCUAAUGACAAUGCGCCAGACUUUGGAUCAACUCCAUCCUAUGUGACUGUAUCGGAAGCUACUGCUUUGUACACAAACAUUCUCAAAGUCACUGCGACGGAUCCUGAUGAUGGCAUUAACGGCAAAGUUGUAUAUUCUAUCAAGACACAAAACCCACCAGUCGAGCAUUUCAAGAUUGAUACUUCAAAUGGUUACAUCUAUAUUUCAUCAAUUCUAGACCGAGAGUCAGUACCAACAUUUACCCUGAAGGUUGUUGCAUCUGACUCAGCUCUACCUUCCCUAAGUAAAUCAUCAGAGAAGGAGAUCACGGUGUUUAUAAGUGACAUCAAUGACAAUGAUCCUGAAUUCCUGUCGAUGAAUGCUAUUGCAUUGCCUUAUCCAGCAAGUCAAGGGAUAUUCGGAAAAGUCUUGGCGGUAGAUCCUGAUAACGGUUCAAAUGGUACUGUUGUGUAUGAACUUGCACAGGGUGAUCUAGAAAAGUUCAGCCUCCAAGAAACUACAGGGGAACUCUCUCUUCGGAAAAAUAUAGGCCAAACUCCUGUCACCUACUCACUAAGGGUGAUUGCCAGAGACAGCGGGAUACCAUCCCCUCGGUCAACACAUCUGGAUAUCACUGUUAUUCUGGUUGGCUCAUCUGGUGGACCAACAUUUCAGAAUGUACCAUAUCAUGGACAGAUAUCAGAAAACAAGCCACCGGGCAGCUACAUUCUUACCUUGGAAACUUUACCUACAACGUCUACCACAGAAUAUUACAUUACGGGAAUUACUUCAAGUAAAGAAUCAACGGCAAAUUAUUUUGAAGUGAACAUUAUUAAUGGAUCUAUUACAUCAUCAGUUGUGUUAGAUCGGGAAACCCAUGGAGAUAACUUCACGGUACAAGUGUGUGCGCUUGAGAAACAGAGCUCCGUUCCAAAGGCAUCUCUUACACAGGUGACAAUCUCUGUAACUGACAUCAAUGACACCCCUCCCAAGUUCAGCCGUUCAGAGUAUAGAGUGUCUGUAUUAGAAAGUUUACCUGUGGGCCAGGAGGUGACUCGUGUGAAUGUAACAGACCAGGACCUCAAUGGUCAAGUCACCCUCAGUAUCACUGCUGGUAAUAUUGGAAACCAAUUCAGGAUCAGUCAGACAGGAGUUGUGACUCUAGCUGACAGACUUGACCGUGAAACUCGUGAUGUCUACGACCUCACCCUCAAUGCUUCGGAUGGCAUCAACAUCUCGCAAAGUAUUGUUACCAUCAUUGUCACUGAUGUCAAUGAUGACAUACCAUCCUUUAACAGCGCCCUCUAUACGUUUGACCUUCCGGAGGACAUGGCACCACACACCACCAUUGGAAGGGUUGAUGCCACUGACAAUGACCUUGGGGUCAAUGGACAGGUCAGCUACACCCUGUUGUCCCAGUUUGGGGGUGACAUGUUUGACCUUGAUCCAAACCAAGGCACGUUCACCCUCAGGAACCAGCUUGACUUUGAACAAAUGCAGUUAUACAUUCUAACAGUAGAAGCUCGUGACCAUGGUGACCCGUCUUUAUCCAGUACUGUGUCUGUAUUUAUGAAUGUCAAGGACAUCAAUGAUAAUUCUCCAACCUUCGACCCUGCAUCAUUUAGUACUAAAAUUCUAGAGAAUAUCACCGUGGAUUCUAGCAUCAUCACUGUGUCUGCAUCGGACAGUGAUUCUGGUAUAAAUGGUGAGGUUAGAUAUGUGAUCAGUGGAGGAGAUCUUUACAACCAGUUCACCAUCAAUGUUGUUACUGGUGAAGUGAGGACAGUUCGACCCCUGGACAGAGAAGAAGUGGCGCUAUACAGCCUGGAGGUGACUGCAACUGACCAGGCCAUCCCAAACAGUAUCAGAAACACUGCCACAACCAAGAUAACAGUUAUUGUUGAAGACGUCAAUGAUAGCUACCCAAAGUUUGUGUCACCCUCUGAGAUCUGGAUCAAGGAGAAUGCUCGGGUUGGCGAUGUAGUUGCCAUGGUAACUGCAGAAGACAAAGAUGAAGGAGGAAAUGGACUAGUUUACUACAGUACCACCAGUACAAAUCUACCCUUCACCAUUGAAAAUAUCCGUGGUAAACUUAGGGUCACACAAGCUCUUGACAGGGAGACUGUGCCUCAGUAUACUAUGAAUGUGAAGGCCACUGACAAUGGGACCCCCCAAAGGUCUACGGAUCAGACCUUGAUUAUUCACCUUGAGGAUGUCAACGACAACAGUCCUGUAUUCAGCCAGACUGAAUAUACUGCUACAGUACAGGAGAAUGUUACUGUCGGAUCUACUAUCCUUACCGUUAAUGCACAAGAUGCAGAUGCAGGCACAAAUGGCCUGGUCCGCUACUUUAUAAUAGCAGGAACAGAUAACUCUGAUUUUAGUGUGGAUCAGAGCACAGGAGUUCUCCGUGUGAAGAAAAAUUUAGAUUUUGAACGAAGGACAUUUUAUGACAUCACAAUUCAGGCAGAAGAUAGUAGUUCUGAUACAAGAUAUGCCCAGGCUUCUGUGAAAAUCACAGUCACAGACAUCAAUGAUAAAGCCCCUGUAUUUGUGAAUUCUCCUUAUAAGCCUAUUGUGUUGGAGAAUGCCACACCACCUGUCCGGGUUAUCAUUGUUUCAGCAAGGGAUGACGAUUCGGCUCCAUUCAACAAAGUUGCUUACUCCUUUUUAGGUGGAAAUGAUGAACAAAUAUUUCAGAUAAAUGAGACUUCAGGGGAGAUAACUUGUCAUAAAUCACUGGACCGUGAAGUUGUCAAUUCAUAUCAACUUGUUGUGCGUGGAAAAGAUUAUGGUCCACUACUGACUGGUACAGGGACGGUGAUCGUCACUGUCGCUGAUGUCAAUGACAAUUCCCCUAUCUUUGAACAUACUGGAACAUAUGUAGGACAUAUCCUUGAAAAUGAAAAUCCAUUGACUUCAAUAUUGGCUGUCAAAGCCACUGAUGCUGAUGAUGGGCCAAAUGGCCAAGUCACGUAUCGCUUGGAGAACUCUGUCGGGAACAAGUUUAUUGUGAAUGCUAUCACAGGAGUGGUGUCAACUACACAGGCACUGGACCGAGAAGAGAUUGACCCCACCACUGGACAUGUCCUUGACCAGUACAAUCUCAAGGUCAUUGCAUCAGAUGGUGGAUCUCAGCCACACUUUACAACCACUGAUGUUGUGAUAUAUGUUGACGAUGUUAAUGAUAAUGAUCCAAUGUUUCUUCGGCCCAGCUACACUCAAAUGGUCAACAAUCCCACACCAGCAGGAGGCUUUGUACUGGGAGUAACUGCAGUGGAUCAAGAUACCGGUUCAAAUGGACUGGUCACCUACCGUUUGAGUGGGACCAAUGCUGACCGUUUUGUUAUAGAUGCUGACCGUGGCAUCAUCACAGCGGCCCAGGACAUUACAGUGACAGGAGCCCGAUAUGUGUGUACAGUGGAGGCAUCAGAUAAGGGCAGUGAGAUUAGAAGGUCACUGGUCAACCUUGAUGUGACAGUGGCUUCUUCAAAUAAUAACAAACCAACAUUUGACAGUGUGCCCUCCAACCUUCAAAUUCAUGAGAAUGUCAUCAGUGGCUACCCACUGACUUCUGUCUCUGCUUCGUCUCCGAUCAAUAGGGGCAUUACUUACCACAUUGCUGGGGGCAACAUAGCAAACACUUUCACCAUCAACGCUCAGACGGGUGACAUCACAGUCAAUAACCAGGUUGACUAUGAAAUGGCAGCUGACUUUCAGUUGUGGGUAGAGGCGCGGGACACAGGGAAUCCCGCUCUGUCAUCCUAUGCUCGCAUUAAUGUGGAUGUGACAGAUCUUAACGAUAACACUCCACGCUUCACCUUCACAGUGUACUCUCACACCAUUUCUGAAAAUCAACCUACCAUAACAUCAGUCAUCAAAGUCUCUGCCUCUGAUGCUGACGAUGAUGAAAAUGGAAGGAUAACCUACUCCAUACAGGGUGGCGACCCCCACAACAACUUUACCAUCGAUUCUGUCACCGGUCUUAUUAAAACACGGACAAUGUUGGAUCGAGAAGUCACAGACACCUUCAAUCUGAUCAUCUAUGCUGUGGAUCAUGGUUCCUCUUCCAAUACAGGCUCUACCACUGUACGGAUCACCAUCCUGGAUCAAAAUGACAACCCACCCGUGUUUAAACGUCAGUUCAGCGCUACGAUUAAUGAAGACAUAGAUGUGGGUGUGUUCAUACUACAAGUGACCACUGUAGAUGCUGAUAUUGGCAUCAACGCAAAUGUCUCUUACUCAAUGACACAUGACAAAUUUGCUAUUGACACAUUGAGCGGUAACAUUUCCUCUAAGAGUGACCUUGACCUUGAAGAGAUAACCUCUACGUUUUAUAUGUUAGAUGUUACAGCCACUGAUGGCUUCAAUGAUGUUGUCAGCAGGGUCAUUAUAUAUCUCAAGGAUGUCAAUGAUAACAUACCCAUCUUCCAGCCUCAGAAUCCGACAUUUACAUUCCCGGAGCGCCAAUCAUCUGGAACACCUAUUGGGACGGUAACUGCAUUGGAUGCGGACCGCACUUCUCCAAACAAUGAGGUUUACUACACACUCAAGUACCCAUCUGAGGAUGUUGUCAUCGAUCCUACUGAUGGUGGUCUGUCCUCCAAGCGUGAACUUGUAUAUGACCAGAACAUCACUGCUGCACAUGCCAAUGUUCUGGAAGUUGUUGUCAUAGCAACAGAUCAUGGAAUUCCUCCAUUAUCCUCAGAGACUAUGGUCAGGAUUGGUAUAUUGGAUGCCAAUGACCAUGCACCAGAAUUUGAAAGAAGUAGUUACUUCUCAGCUGUUCCAGUCACAGUGGAACAUGGAGCAAGAAUCCUCCAGGUUAAAGCCACAGAUACACUUGAUGUUGGGGUCAAUGCUGAGAUUGAGUACUUCAUGGUGUCUGGCAAUGGGUCAGGUUACUUCACAGUAGAAAAAUCUACAGGGUACAUCACAGUGGCAGCUGUCUUGGAUGCUGGAAAGCAGGACACUGACUUCAUUCUCAUGUUGGAGGCACGUGAUAAGGGUACGCCUGUCAUGUCCUCUGUUACCACAGUGAGGCUCCGCAUCACAGGAGUCAAUCAACAUGCACCAGUAUUUGUCACUACUAUAUUUCAGGUUACUGUUAAUGAAAAUGUGAAUAUUGGCAAAGAGAUUGCAAACAUAACUGCAACAGAUGCUGAUACCUCAGGACCUAAUGGCAGAGUGCAAUACAGUAUUGCCAGUGGAAACCCAGACCACCUGUUUGCUCUCAAUAGUGUGAAUGGUGCCCUGACUAUAGAGAAAGCCUUGGACUAUGAAACAACAGCGACACACUACCUUAAUAUCACAGUGAGGGACCAGGGUCUACUGCAUAAGGAAAUCUCCAGGACUUUUACUGUGUUUGUAAGAGACGUGAAUGAUCAGGUCCCAGUAUUCAACCAGUCGCAAUAUGAUGCUUACAUUGCCGAGAAUUCUCCUAGUGGUGAGAGAGUGAUUCAGGUGACUGCAACAGAUGCUGACACUGGGGUUAACGCAGCCAUUGAAUACCACCUUGGUGACACUAGUCGAUUCAGUAUCGAGUCCAAGACCGGAAUCAUUCGGUCCCAGGGUCAACUAGACUAUGAGACCCAGUCAUUGUACACAGUUACAGUAAUGGCUAUCAAUCCGGGCACCACCAUGAAGGGCUCCACUAACAUCCAUAUCCAUCUGACUGGGGUCAAUGAGUUCUUCCCACAGUUUAUGCAGAAUGAAUAUUCCUUCACCAUCACAGAGUCUGCUGCAGAUGGGUCACCUGUUGGCAGUGUGCAUGCCAGUGACAGUGAUAAAGGAGAGGAUGGAAUGGUAUACUAUUAUUUGAUUGGCUCCAGUAAUACAAAAGGAUUUAAAAUAAACUACAGCUCAGGCCUCCUCACUGUGUCUGGACGUCCUGAUUAUGAGAGCUCACCUCAGAUUGACCUCAAAGUCCUAGCAAAGAACUGGGGUAGUAUCCAGGGUAAUGACACUGACCAAUGUACUGUGUCAAUUAAAGUGACCGAUGCCAACGACGCCCCUGUGUUUAGUGAGAAUGUGUACAUGGCGACCGUGAAGGAAGGAUCCAGAGGGGGUGUCAGUGUUACACAGGUGUUUGCUGUUGACAAUGACAACAAAGAAUCUGACCCACAGUUCUACUAUACCAUUCUAGGAGGAAACCUUAACAAUGCGUUUAAGAUUGAUGCAGUUACAGGAAUCGUGAGCACAUCUGGAUCAGGACACCUUGAUCGAGAAGUAGAUGCCAUGUACAACAUUACUGUUGGUGCUGUUGACUCCGGCAUACCGCCUCAGACAGGAUCCGCAACGGUUCAGGUAACUCUGGAGGAUAUUAAUGAUAACGCACCCUACUUCGACCCUGUCAUACCAGUUGGAUAUAUUCAGGAAAACAGUGCUGAAGGGUCCUCAGUGAUGAUGCUGUUGAGUCAUACCUUUGACAAGGAUCUACCUCCCAACUCUGGAAGUUAUACCUUUACAGCAGUGACAGGGGACAAUUAUUUCUUCUCCAUCUCCCCCACCACAGGUCUGGUUCAAACCAAGGUUGCCAUUGACCGAGAACAAAAUGUGGAUUUUAGUGUCCCUGUAAUUGUGUCUGACUCAGGUAGUCCCAACCAGCUUAAUUCUACCUUGUCCUUCCAUGUGAUUGUAGAGGAUAUGAACGAUGAGCCACCAAUGCCGAGAAACAUGAAUGUUCUGAUUUCUGUGAUGGAAGGUGACUUUCCUGUGAUGCCUGUGGCUGAUGUACGUCCUUUAGACAAAGAUACCAUAGGCAAUUACCAAUGUUGGUUACACAGUGAUGGUGAUAAUCAUUUUGAGAUUCCUUCAGGUACAUGUGACCUCAGAAUACGAAACAAACCAACCGCAUCACAGUACACAUUAGAUGUGAUGGGAUCAGAUGGUCUGAAUUCUCCGAAUGCUAAUUAUACAGUGGGAAUUCAGAUAGUCACCAUUGACAAUGCCACGCUCCAAAAUACUGUCAUUUUAAGGAUUGAGAACAUCACACCACGAUCAUUCCUAGAGAAUUCCUACACUCCAUUUCUCAUUUCCAUGUCACAUUUGUCUAUGGGGGACACAGUUCUGGUACAUCACCUGACCUCACUGGGUGACGACAUGCUGCUUUUUGUGGCCUUUCAGAGGUUAGAUGGUAGCUACCUCCAGGGCAACAUCCUCCGUGACAAGAUAGCCAACAACGUUGCUAAGCUACAGACAGAAGUGGGAAUCAUCAUAUCAACAGUUGGAUACUCUGUGUGUGGCUCGACUACCUGUGCGAGUGACCAGGGUGGACAAUGUAUGAACCAGAUCAAUGUUGGUAGUGGAGCAUCAGUGUCUGAAUCUAGCCAACUGGUUAUUACCUCCCCUGGCCUCACUCUUGGCUACUACUGCAUCUGUCCUUCAAAUUUGUCUGGGGACAUGUGUACCCAGCCUGUGGAAAAGUGUGGUGGGAACUAUUGUCAAAAUGGUGGUACCUGUGUAAAUGACAACUUUGGUAACCCUGUGUGUGCCUGUGUUCCAGGCUGGACUGGUGCAUACUGCGAUACAGAUGUGCUGGAGUGUACUAGCAAACCCUGCCAGAAUGGGGGUAAUUGUGUGGAGAGUCCUGGCUCCUAUUCUUGUCAGUGUCCUGAUGGCUUCUAUGGAGAACACUGUGAAAUUGGACAGGACCACUGUAGGAAUACCCCAUGUAAGAACGGAGGCACAUGCAAGAAUCAACAAGAAGGACAUAUAUGUUUGUGUACUUUUACCUACUGGGGAGACAACUGCCAGUUUACCAGCGUAGGGUUUAAUGAAGGUUCUUACAUUGAGUUCUCCUUCACGACUGUCCAAUAUAACAAACUGAUUGAUGUGACAUUUUCCACCCUGAGGCCUAAUGCCCUUCUCCUAUACAAUCCUGCCAUCACCAACAUGAAGUUUGUAGCCCUGGAAAUCAUAGGAGGCUUUGUACAGUUCUCAUUCAACAGUGGCACACAAACCACCAAGGUCAUGGUCAACAAGAAUGUGUCAACUGGCCAAUGGUUUAGGGUCAAGGUCACGAGAGCUGGACAGAGGGUGGAUGUCUAUGUCCAUGACUGUCCAGCAACUGGGGAAGAAUGCCAACCCUGUGAGGAUGGUAACUCCAACUGUCAUAGAUUCGACUCACAGAAUGCAGGGAGCCUGUCCCUAGGAGACAAGCUGAGUAUAGGUGGAAUUCGAGACAUCACAGAAAUCACAAGCCGAAGCCAAAUUGUUACACAUGAUUUCAUUGGCUGUAUGAGGAACUUCUACUGCAAUGAAAGUGACUUGUUAACACGAUCAGAUUUCCGUGACAAAGUCAAGGUUACAGACACUUGCCCAAGGUCAGAAGGGCAGAGUGUAUGUACUGGUCUCAUCUGUCGCAAUGGUGGUGUGUGUGUGGAUGAGUGGAGCAAGGCACAUUGUCGAUGCCCAGAAAAAUACAGCGGUGCCUUAUGCCAGAUUGAGGUGAAACCUUUCGGAUUUGGUGCAAACACAUUUGUACAAUUUACUCAGAGGGAUAGUUACUAUAGGGAUAGUGUUGUUGAUACUGCAUCCAAUAGGAAGAGGAGAGCUACGGACACUUCCAGCAUGUUCAUCAGAUUCCGUACUACAACACAAAAUGGUCUCCUGUUUUACGCCUCUCAGAGCUCAGACUACAGUGCCCUUCUCUCUGUCAUUGAAGGUAAACUGCAGUACAGCAUACUAAGGCAGGGAAUACAGACCAUUCAACUUUCAUCUGUCCAAGUGUCCAACGGAAACUGGUACAACGUCACUAUCACUGUUACAGGUACACAGGUGAGAUUGGCAGUAGAGGGCUCCCCAGGGACUACCAAGGAUCUCAGCUCUGCCUUCCUAUUCUCCGACCCUCAAGUGACUACCCUUGUCUUGGGAGGUGAUCCCUCAUCCUCCUCCGCUGGUGAUGUUAGUCGACAAGGUUUUGGCGGGUGUAUCUCUGUGUUCCGUCUGGACAAUCAGCCAAUCACACUCAAUGGUACAACUGACCGAUUCAUAGUGGAGCCAUCAGAAGGUGUGGAGAAUGGUUGUUCUGCUCUCUGCUCUAACUCCCCGUGUGGGAAUGGCGUGUGUACUCCAGUGGGAGAGACAGUGAAAUGUGGUGCUGUCCAUGUUUCAGAUUCGGGUAUCGGGAUCGGUGUUAUUGUGGUGAUCGCUUUCUUUGGAGUGCUUAUCAUUGUAAUCAUUGCUGUGUUUAUCUUCUGUCGAUUCAAACGCAGGCAGAUGAGUAAAUCCAAGUCAGAAGCCAAACUAAAUGGCAAUGCUCAUGUGAAUAAGAAUUUCACCAAUAACAGUGCCCACGGUCAUCAGGGCUCCGGAUACGGUGACCACCCAACAGAAGAAGAUUUCAUCAGCUCCCACAUCGAUCAGGGACUUUCUGGACGACGCAAUCAAAGCAAUAACCACUUCAGCAGGCCUGAUAUCAUAAGCUCAGACAGACAGCAUCGCAAACAAUUACCACUGGAGAUUGACGAUGGAACAGUCAUCAUAGACAAUGGAGAUGCUAUUAACAUGCAUAUGACAAAUGAUGACAUUCCAGAGCAUUAUGAUAUAGACAAUGCCAGUAGUAUUGCUCCCUCAGAUAUUGAUGUGGUGGCACACUAUCGAGAUUUCCGUGGGGUGAACAAACAUCCCUAUCACCAUCACACCCACCUAAACAACAUGCACCAUAAACCUCAUAAACAUUCCUCUAGGCAUGGUCAGAGUCCGCAGACCAUAUCUGGGCAUGGCCGUAACUCUGUGCCAAUCAGGGAGAGUCCUUCUCCCUACGGUCGUCAGGCAAUGACUCAUAGUCCUGCUGUUCUUGACCCCUCUCAACUACACAACUCAUCACGCAAUAGUCCCGCAGUACUUGGGGCUCGGAACAGCCCCAUGAACCACCUUUCUAGGAUGUCACCACAUAUGCGGUACAGUCCAAUGACCAACCCUAAUGUGCGUGGGACACCGCAGUCAGAUCACAUACAUCACAGUCGGACUGACUCUGACCACAGUCUUGCCAGCCAUCACAGUCAUAGCUCCAGUUCAUCAGUGGCCCGUCCACCUUCCCUUCCUAAGGGCCACCCCUCCCAGCUCCGUGGGCAGCCUUUAAAGGUUCAGCCACCACAGCCACGCCAGGUAAAGGGCCUUACUAUUGGGGAAAUUCAAAAACUUAAUACACGCCCCCAGCCACCUAGUCCUGAAAGCAUGGUGGAGAUGGUGUCAUCAUCGAGUGCCAGUCAUGGACAUCGUGCACCAUACAUUCACAACAGUUCUGUGUUGGAACCUCCGGAUUCCAGUUCUGAAGAAAGUGCAAAUGACUCCUUCACUUGUUCCGAGUUUGAGUACGAGAGUGAAAGGCCUCGAAAUGACUUUGAUUCCUCAAACAUCAUCUUAUCAAAACUGCAAGAGGUUGAUAAUGAGAAUCAAGAUUAUAAUAUACACAACAACAAUAAUCAUAGAAAGUUUAUGUCUGAUGGACGGACUUCUAAUGGCGAUUCCUUUGGUUCAUCAGAGGAUGGUCAUACAAAUGGUGCUAAGCCAAUUAACGGUUCAUUUAACUGGGAUGAAUUUUUAAACUGGGGCCCAAGUUUUGAGAAAUUAGUAGGGGUAUUUCGUGAUAUAGCAUCCCUCCCAGAUGGUGACAAUCUUGAUGGGUCGACCGAGGUGGAAGUUGCCCAGGAGGAGGAAGAAUAUGUAUAACAUCUCAGGUCCCUAUAUGUUUGUCUUAUUUAUAUCUGUAUUAUUGUGACAUAUGGAUUAUCUCCUGUGAAGCAUUCAGUUAUUAUUAUCAUAUUUUUUCAAAUUGAUCAUGCAAAACUAAAUAACAUUUGCAUAAACUAUUUUAUAAAUUUGUAAAUUCGUUCCUAAGUCAUUUUUAUGAUAUAAAAAGGAAGGAAAUUUGUACAUAGAUGAUUGUAAGAUAUGUUAUUCAACAAAAGGUUUUUAUUUGCCUGAGAAUUUUGAGCGAGUCAAUGGAAUAAGGCUUAGUGAAAAUGAUUGAGUGGAUAGAAUUUAUAAUAUUUUUACAUUGUAUGGAAAAUAAUCCUAAGUUAAUUGAUUUUGGUGUGCUGCGAUAUUUUUCUAGGUGUGUUUACCAAACUCUUUCUCUGUAUCUCACUAAAAGGCUCAUCUGUUUCAUGCUCCUUUUUUUUGUCUCCAUACUACAUGCAUUUUAGAUUUGAAUCAGAUUGAAUCAGGAAAGAUCAAAGAAAAGAACCAAGUUGAUAGCAAAAUAUCUGAAGUGCAAUUUAGAAUUAUAUCAUUUAUAAAACAUUUCCAUAAAGGUGCAGAUAUUGAGUAUCUCUAUUGUAAAAUCUUUUGCCAUUAGGUACAGAUUUUAUACCAGUUGUAAAGAAUUCCAUUCCUUUACUUGCGUACUUGAGUGUGGUGUGUGUAAAAAUGAAAAAAACAUAGUCAUAAGAUGACUGAUACAAGUGUUUGUGUGACUUAGAUUAGAGUGGAAGUGCUGUGUCAGUUGUAUGUUUGAGCUGUGAUUCUGUGUCAGUUGAGUGUUUGAGCUGUGAUUCUGAUAUUGUUGCCAUCUAUAUUGUGUUUUCUGAUGGAGAUUUUCAGCAGUUAUAAUUGGAAAUCUCUACUAUACCAGGUCCAAGUCUUUCUUAUAUAGCCAAGGAGCAAAACCAUAAAGUUAACAUUCCAUCCUGACAUUCAUCCAGUGUGCUUAGCUGGACUUAUCUCAUACAAAUGUAUAACGUCACUGUGGUCAGCUAGGUCCCUUUUAUUUGUCUUCUCAACUGGGAUCCAAAUCUAGGGAUCAACUCAUGCUAUCCCAUUUUUGGUCCCCAAUAUAUCUGAUAUCCCAUUGUUGAAUCCUGAUUUCAGAGUGUACCUGUACUUUCUAAAAAUAGCGUGUUUUGACUAGCAAAGAUUAAUUAACAUGAUAGCUCAUUAUAUCAUCUUUAUCUGACAUUUCCAUUUCCUGGAAUUUACUUCUGAAUUUUCUACAAAAAUGAGUGCUGAUAUAGAUUGAAAUAUGACAUGUUGACACAUAAAAUCAAAAAUAUCUGCUGAUUGUCGUAGGAUGUCAUACUCACUGCUGAGGAGUACCUGGGUAGCUACUCAGAACCUCCCAUUACAAUAAUGCUCACACAAAUCAAAAGGAUAAAAUAUCCACGACGUUUUCUCCUUCCUUAGAAUUUGUUUACAAUGCUACCACCCAUAUAUAAGUUUAUAUAUCUGUAUUUAUACAGCAUUACACUUCAUUAAAAUUUGUCUUUUUUAUCCUGUUUCCAAAGAUUUCCUUCUCUGUCCAAAGUUUUUAUUAGCGAUUAUUCAUCCAAAAUUUUUUUUAUAAAUUGGAAAAUAUAGUCAUC